AUGGAAGAAGCAAACCAGUCUGUGGUAUCUGAGUUCAUUUUUCGUGGAUUCUGUGAUUCAAGGGAGCUCCAGAAAUUCCUCUUACUGCCAUUUUCUGCACUCUACCUGAUGACCGUCCUGGGAAACCUUUUCGUUGUGCUCUUAAUCAUCGCUGACUCUCAUCUCCAUUCCCCAAUGUACUUCCUCUUAGCCAAUCUCUCAUUUGUUGACUUCUGCCUUUCCUCAGUGACCACUCCUAAACUGACCACAGACUUCCUAAAGGAUAAUAAAACCAUCUCCUUUGGGGGCUGCAUGAGUCAGAUCCUCUUUAUACAUUUUCUUGCAGGAGGUGAGAUGGUACUGCUUGUGACAAUGGCCUAUGACCGUUGUGUAGCCAUCUGCAAGCCACUCCAUUACUCCAGAAUUAUGGAUAGACAGAAGUGCAUCUGGCUAGCUCUGAUAUCAUGGAUCACUGGCUUUGUGCAUGCCAUAAGUCAACUAGCUAUGAUUUUAGAUCUUCCAUUCUGUGGACCUAGAAUAGUGGACAGUUUUUUCUGUGAUAUUCCCAAAGUGAUCAAACUAGCCUGCAUGGAUACUCAUACUCUGAGACUGUUGAUAAAUACUGACAGUGGUGUCUUGGCUGUAGCUUGCUUCAUUCUCUUGCUGAUGUCCUACACCUACAUCCUGGUAACUAUUUGCCUUCAUUCCAAGGAUGGAGCAUCAAAGGCACUCUCUACCUGUACUUCCCAUAUCACAGUGGUGGUGCUGUUCUUUGGACCCUGCAUUUUCAUCUAUUUCUGGCCACUUAGUAUCACUUGGGUGGACAAGGUACUUUCUGUGUUUUAUACAAUAAUCACACCUCUCUUGAAUCCAGCCAUUUACACACUGAGAAAUAAAGAAAUUAAAAAUGCAAUAAAGCGACUGAUAAGUCAGCAUAAGAAUACAAAGUGCAAUUUUUAA